AUGCCUCUCCUCUAUGGCGAAGGCGACAAGGCAUUUCGCCGCCUACAGGCAGAGAUCCUGAGUUCUGCUCACGGCCACACUCUUUUCCUUGGGUACAUUGGCUCCGACAACGGACACGACGAAAAAGAUACUUCCGGGGAACCCAUGCGUUCGCUAUUACAUGAGGUUUAUCACGGAAAGGUUGACAAUAUCAUCGUUCGACCUGCGUCGACUCCUGGAUGGAUCCCUGAAGAGAUCACCUCUUGUCCGGAGUUCCCGUUCAAGUGGGAGUCUCCGCAACUCACCGCCUCGGGGAUUCACUUGAACCUACCAUUGAAGCAACAUUGCCUUGAUAUUGGUGCUGCGUCGAGCGUAUUCCCCGAGUUCGUAGCACUGUCCCUGCUAUACCCGCCAAAUGUUCCUCGCCAAAAUAUAUACCUUGAUGCCUUCACUUGUCUGCUGCCAGACAGUUAA